CGAAACUGUCAGCCGCCAAGGAUUUUAAGACCUCACAUACAAGUCAACAGGAAAAUUUGCAAAGGAGGAAAAAAACAUCCAACCCUCGGCGCCUCUUCAUUAUCGUCAAGAAGAAUUGGCUGGUUCUUCCACAAUAAAGAAAACCUGAAUGAGUCUCUCUAUCUCUCUCUGCAAGAAAACCAAUUUCACUCUCUUCUGAUGGCCUUUCAUCACAGAAAGCUGCUGAAUGAAUCUGUGUUCGAUACAGUUAUAGAUAAAUUUUGUCAACCAUAUUGUGAUGGCAUAACGAAGCCCGAAGGCGUCUGCCCGGUUACGUGUAUAGAUUUGUGCUUUCCUGCUUGUAGCAUGCCGCUCUUGCAAAUCCCACCACCGCCUCCUCCUGUUCCUCCUCCGCCUCCGCCUCCGUCGCCUCCCUUCAGCGAGAGUCCACUGGGCAAAUCUCAGAUGCUUUCUCUUCCCCUGACCAUCUCCCUUGCCGUCCUAGCCACCGCUUUUUUUUUCUUUACUUGCUACACCAUCUACAAGUUCUAUUCCAACUGGUACGGUUCGAGGAGGAGGCCCCCACGACGGGGCCAGCCCGGAGAAGAACAGGGUCGUGAUGAUUUUCUUGAUGAAGAUCACGGGCCCGUGAUUGACCACCCAAUUUGGUACAUAAGAACCAUCGGGCUUCAGCCAUCAGUCAUCAGCGCCAUCACAGUGGUUAAUUACAAGAAGGGAGAUGGGCUUAUCGAAGGCAGGGAUUGCUCAAUUUGUUUGAAUGAAUUUCAAGAUGAUGAGACUCUUAGGUUGUUGCCUAAGUGCAAUCACGCUUUUCACAUACCCUGUAUUGAUACUUGGCUCAGAUCACACACCAACUGCCCCAUGUGUCGGGCCGGAAUUGUGAACAACGCAGCAGCGCUGCCGUCAGAAGAGCUUGUUGUUCAGAAUUCGGGCCUGGUGGAGGAAGCCGGAGUGCGAGUAUCAGGGAGUGACAGGGAAAUCAGAAGGGAUCAAGAAAAUGAGGCUUCUGAGUUGAGAAUUGGGAUUGAAGACCACGGUAGUGCAUCUCUUGCUGAAACCGGGCUCAAGAUGAACGAAAAUCUUGGAGAAGACGAAGGUAACAGAGAUAGACAAGGCUUAGAUGGGGUACAACCUAUGAGAAGAUCAGUGUCGGUGGAUUCUUUAUCUGCAUCUAUGAUCAGUGCUGCCGUAGCCAAUGCUUUUUCAGGACAACCCAACAGCAAUUCAGGUAAGCAAAUCGUUGAACUGAAAGAGCCAACUGUCGGAGUAAUUGCAAAGAGAGCUGGAUUCAAUCAAAGCUUGUUAAGAUUAGUCGGGAGCCCUUCUAUUGGAAGGUCCACGCAAACAGGGGAUUCUUCUUUGAAGAGAUCACUUUCAUGUAGCGCAAAGUUGCUUCUAUCAAGGGAUAGCAGCAGGCAUCGAAACUCAGUUGUUCCUGAGUAAUCUUCAGGUACAUACAACCUUGAUUUCUGGAGAACUCUCAACAAGAUGAGUUUUUCAGGCCCGAAUAAAUAGCGUAAAGAUAAGUGUGUAAGAGAAUUGGGAAUGCCUAAUUGAAGAAUAGGCCUCUUCCGAGAUUAUCUGAGUGUCAUAGGUGAAGUUGCCUGGUGAUCAAUCAGCAAGAAAAUGUAAGUAAAAGUUUUGGAAUUGUUCUUAUAAAAUGGCAAAAAGAGGAAUCUUUGUGUAUGAUUUUCACAGUA